AUAGAAAACCGUUUGGAAGGAAAAAAAUUGAAAAUGGAGUUUCAAACUAACUUCUUUUCUGAAAACCAAAGUCAAGACUCUUCUACCACAACAUCAUGGAGCUCACAAGAAUCAUUCUUGUGGGAAGAUAAUUUCUUACAUGAUCAAUCAUUCCUCUCAGCUGUUAGCCCUUCCUAUUACUUUGAUGACUUCUCCACAUUUGAAGAAUCACUCAUCAAAGAAGAAGAAGAUGCAACCGUUGCUGCCAACAAGCAGGAGGAGGAGAGGUCAUACAGAGGAGUGAGGAAGAGGCCGUGGGGGAAAUACGCAGCCGAGAUAAGAGACUCAACGAGGAAAGGGAUAAGAGUGUGGCUCGGUACGUUCGACACUGCUGAAGAGGCAGCUCUCGCUUAUGAUCAGGCGGCUUUCGCUUUGAAAGGCGACCUCGCAGUACUCAACUUCCCCGUUGAAGUUGUUAAGGAGUCUCUCUGGAACAUGGAGAAUGUGAAUUUCAACGACGGAGAGUCUCCGGUGAUAGCUUUGAAGAGAAAACACUCCAUGAGAAACAGGCCUAGAGGAAAGAAGAAGUCUUCUCCUUCUUCUUCUUCUUCUUUCUUGUCGUCGACGUCUUCUUCUUCGUCUUACUCUUCUUCUUCUUCCGCUUACUCUUCUUCUUUGUCGUCAAGAAAUAGAGAACAAAGUGUUGUUACGAAUCAAGAAACAGAGGUUGUGGUUUUUGAGGAUUUGGGUGCUGAAUACUUAGAAGAGCUUAUGAGAUUAUGUUCAUGA